CUCCGAAUAGAUAACCUCGCUAGCUCUACAACUCGCCUCUAAAUACCCUUAAGACGGAUCCGUACAACCAGUAGAUCCGCUAGUCUACUUCUGCACUUCAGCCGCACCGGUAGCUCUCAGAGACACUCGUCCGGAAUUCCAUUCAUUGCAUUCUUCUAUAAAGCGGUCGACGUUUAGCCACGUUCCAGCCUUUGACGACUUUUCGUAUUUGGUGCCGUCGCUCCAUUCCGGGAAGAAAACAUUUCAACUGCGAAAUUUUACCAACUUUCUAGUUAACAAAACAAAAAAAUGGCUGGCUUUCAAUUGGUGUGGCAACUGGCAGUAGUAUGCGUUGUUCUCUUCUGGGCAGGCCAAGCUCAGGGACAGCUACCCGCCAGCAAUGCAGCCGUCGAAGCUGCCAUCCGCAACCCGCGCUAUAUGCGCCGCCAAAUCAAUUGCCUUCUUAACGAGUCACCGUGUGAUAACAUUGGUCGCACAAUGAGGCAACUUGUACCAGCACUCAUCAAGGGCCAAUGUCCUGGAUGUUCGCCACAACAGCACCAACAGGCCAUGAAAGUAAUGAACGUAGUCUCUCAGCAAUAUCCGGCCGAGUACAGCAGGAUUUACUACACCUACAACCAGCAGGGAUAAAUAAACCUAUAUAAUAAUUAAAAACAGAUUUAUAAUUUUAGAACCCAACACUGUUCGUCCUCCUUCCCAAUUUAUCAGAAACAAAAGUGCAGCAAUACUGGGACCUUUAAAAUUCUCUCCUUAUAUAUAAGUUCUCUUACACCUUAUCAAAUUGCAUAAGGCUUUUGAUUAUUUUGGUGACUUGCGUGAGUGGAAAUUUUCAUAAUUCGUACGAAUAUUUUGUUAUUUUGUAUUUCAUCACUUCGUUCAUACGAGAAAGUAAACAAUCGAAUCAAUACAUGUAACUAAAUGUC